AUGGUAGUGACGGACUGGGACUUGUUUGGGAUAGCGCGCGGCCGCUGCAAGGAGUCAUUUCGCGAGUGUGAGCGCUACAGCGUCCUCAGUUCGGCGAACAUUCUCUGUGGCUACUGUGACCACAGCCCCGGAUCGCAUGGAAAAAUAGACGAACUUGGGAAAGCGAACGCAUAUCGAGAAUGGGUGCGAAGUGUGGAUCAUGAGAAACUGCAAGGAUCCUUCUUAUUUCAUUGCUCAGUGUCGGGCAAGAAAUACUCGUUCCUCGCCGAAUGGAAUGAUGCGAGCACUUUCUCCGUGAGAAAUUUUAUCCUGAACUUCUUCACCAGGGACUCGACGGUGGAAAUGAUUGAGGUGAAGACUCGGCGCGUGUUUUUGCGGCGCACCGAGUGCGAGGACUGUUCGUUGCGCGACCUGUACGCGGGCAACGUGGUGGCCGUGCUCUCUCGACACCUGCGCAUCCUGGGAUACGCCGACGCUCAGACAGCCGCAUUCCUGGGACCCAAGCACGAACGCGCCGUGCUCGUGCUGAGACCGGCUGGUGUGAAGAGGCUGGGAGACGUCUGGGCGGCCGUCGAGGCAGCGGGGGCCACGGUCUGCAAGGCGCUCAUGCUCAGGCUCACGCCCCAGGAUGUGAAACUGCUGAGCGGAAACCAGCAGGAAGUAUUCGACGAGGGCCUCUUAAGCGACCCAGCUGUCUGCAUCCAGGUUCUGGGAGAAAGGGUUCUCGCCCGGCUUAGGAACCAACUAGUGAAGACGGAAGGCCGAGAUUCGGGCCAGCAAGCAGUCACAUUGCAAAGUCUAUGCUGGAUCUCAAAGGACAAGCCGUCAGCCGAGAAGGAAUCCCUGGUGCUCUUUGGAAGCCAGUUCGAUCGUCGCUGUAACACAGCGGUUUUCGAGAACACCACCUGCUGCGUCGUCAAGCCACACGUGUUCAAAGACGGGAAUGUCAGCAGUGUGCUGGGGAAGAUACUGACUUCGGGUUUCGAGAUUACGGCGCUCCAAAUGUUCCAUCUAGAUUGCGCCAAGGCAGAGGAGUUCCUCUUGGUGUACAAGGGUGUUGCUCCAAAUUACACCACCAUGGUGCAACAACUGUGCAGUGGUCCCUGUCUAGCCAUGGAAGUCAGGAGCUCGUCGGAUUCCCAGAACUCGGCUCUGCACCUCAAGGAACUCGUCGGCCCGGCAGACCCUGCUCUCGCGAGGAGGUUGUACCCGGACUCCCUGCGAGCCGACGUGGGAAGAGACCUGCACAAGAAUGGCGUGCAUUGCACCGACGUGCCCGAAGAUUCGGGGAUCGAGGUGGAAUUCUUCUUCCACGCUGGAAAAUCCUGAAGCUCCGUGAGAAAGAAUAAAAAGUCCACGGUGCUCAUCGAAGGCACGCCUCACAAGAAAUUGAUUAUUUUUCAUCGGCGUUGCUUUAAAUUUACAAGGAAGAGAGAGAUUCAACAAAAAAACUAACUAGAACAAUAGUAGCUAAUUUAUCUAAACGCCAAACAACCAUGAGCUUAACUCAGCCCAAACUUUUCAGUAAGACUACAAGUCUAAUACCAUCAGCAAACCCUAGGAAUGUAACUUCCAUGACCACAAAUUUUUCUAAAGCGCUCGUUAAAAAAAAAAAAAAUAGGCGUUUGCUAACGGGAUCAUCAAUUUCCUGAAAACAAUGAAGCAGGACCACAUUGAAAAGAAAAUCGAUUGCAGCAGGUGGAACAUGAAGUACGAUGGAAUAAGCGGCCCCUUCAUGCCCGCUCACUGAUGCGGAAAAAAAUCUCGCAACUCUUGAUCCUUUGAGAAAGUUCUAAUUGAAUUGAAUUGAAUUGAAUAUAUCUUUAUUUCCAACAGAUUGGAGGAGACAGGGAAGAAUCAUGAAGCGAAGAACGACGUCUGCGGUAGCCCGUCCGUCUGUCUUUAUACAAGAACGACGUCCAACUGUCUUUAUACGUGCGAGUAGUAAAGACAGUCGACAAGAAACACAGCGUCAUUCACUAAGUCAUUUUACCAUGAAUUGAAACUGGCCGGAAAGACCCGCCAAAAUAUAAUAUCGGUUGCUUCCGAAAAUCUUGGCGCUCACAGGACGAAGCAAUGAACAUUUUGCCUGCCGGCCUUUUACCAAAACUGCGAAGCAUAAUGAAGGAACCCGUUAAGGUUCUUUAUUUCUUUUUUUCUUCUUAAAAGCAGCCUAUUUCCUCACAGAAUUUAAUCCAUGCGAGAAUAUCCUUAGCUAUGAUAGCUACGCUACCAAGCGACUACUGUUCACCGGAGCCGAACAACGCGCUUUGCUGGUAAGUAAAAAACGCCACCAAAGCGCCAAGUGCAAGCUACAUACAGCUAAGCUAUGAAUGAAUGCAAUCGGGAAGGAUUCGGCAAUGAAGUGGACGUAAACAAGUGGCUUGAACGGCGCACGGAGCCAUGUAAGGUGAAAAACAUGGGUAAAUUAUAAACUCCAUUGGCUGUUUCAUUUCUUUUAGUUGAAUUCAUGAGACUGCCAACAAACGAGACAUUCCCCUUCUCUUUUCUUUCCUCUCUCUCUCUUUCUUUUUCGUGUAACGCCUCCUUGUACGGUUGUACACAUUGCAAAGCAUGGUGUGUAUUAUUGCAAAUUUGUAUUAUUUUUUUUCACGAGAAGCUUUCUCUAUGAUACUUAGCUUCCAAGCAUUGUUAU